AUGGAGAAAAGCUUAGAUUCAGAGCUAUGGCAUGCUUGCGCUGGAGUAAUGGUGAAGAUACCGCCGGUAAAUUCAAAAGUAUUCUACUUUCCUCAAGGCCACGCCGAGCACGUCUCCUCCUCCUCCUCUGUCGCCACCGUCGAUUUCCGUCACUUCCCUCGGAUUCCGCCGUUGAUUCUCUGUCAAGUUACCUCCGUUACAUACCUUGCUGAUCCCAAAACCGACGAGGUUUACGCGAAAAUCGGAUUGAUACCGGAUUCUUUAGGGACUGUAUUUGAUCAAGAAGAAGUGUUUGAUGGCAAUGUUAAGCAGGAACCACCAGUUUCUUUUGCUAAGACUCUGACUCAAUCUGAUGCUAAUAAUGGAGGAGGAUUCUCUGUGCCACGGUAUUGCGCGGAUACGAUAUUUCCGCGGUUAGAUUACACGGCUGACCCGCCGGUUCAGAACAUUGUAGCUAGAGACAUUCACGGCGAGACGUGGAAGUUUAGACAUAUUUACCGGGGGACUCCGCGGCGCCAUUUGCUGACUACCGGUUGGAGUGCUUUUGUGAACCAUAAGAGACUUAUGGCUGGAGAUUCCGUUGUGUUCUUCAGAGCGGUUAGUGGCGAUAUAUGCAUCGGGGUUAGGAGGAUGAAACACUCUAGCGGUUGGAGCGGCUUGCCAGAUUAUUCUUUCUGUUCGUUUAUGCGGGAGGCGGAAAAGGAAGGGAAUGUAGUAAUGAUUAGUAGUAAUGGUAAUGGAAACGGUUCGAGAGUUAACGAUGAAUUGGUUGUUCAAGCGGCUAUAAAAGCGGCAAAUGGGAAGGCGUUUGAGGUGGUUUAUCACCCGAGGAAUAGCACACCGGAGUUUUGUGUGAUGGCAGGGACGGUGAGGCGUGCAAUGGAGGUCCAAUGGUGUCGUGGGAUGAGAUUUAAGAUGGCUUUUGAAACAGAGGAUUCGUCGCGGAUAAGCUGGUUUAUGGGGAGUGUUUCAGCUGUUCAACCCGCGGAUACUAUCCGCUGGCCAGAUUCUCCUUGGAGACUUCUUGAGGUGGCAUGGGACGAACCCGAGAUGCUACAAAACGUUAAACGGGUGAGCCCGUGGCUUGUGGAACCUGUUUCUGGUAUACCUGCCUUAAACUUCUCCCCGUUCUCACCACCGUUUAAGAGCCCGAGGCUGCUUCAACCGCCGGACUACACCCAGUUUCCAGCCCCAAGAUUCUCCUCAAACUUAUUCGAACCAAGGAACUUCUUACCCGAAAACCGCGACAACAACAUCAAUGUUCCUGAUUGCAUGCAGGGAGCCAGGCACACUCAAUUCGAUUUAUCCUUAACCCGAUUCAACAAUCCAAAGUUUAUACCCGCCGCAGCGACUGACACAAAUGAUAACGACGUUUCUUGUUUGCUAACAAUGGAUCUCAACCACUCAGUCAAGAACAACGAGAGGUCGAAAACGUCGCAGUUUAUUCUUUUUGGAAGGCCAAUCCUCACCGAACAAGAAAUCUCACUCCGUCUUGAGAAAACAUCUAAGUAUAGUUCAUUUAACUUGGAGACAACUAAUCAUUGUAAAGUCUACAUUGAGUCUGAAGAUGUUGGACGGACAAUAGACCUCUCGGUUCUUGGAUCUUACAAUGCGUUUUGCGAAAAGAUCGGUAAGAUGUUCGGGUUAGUAAACUCGGUGAUGCUACAUAACGUCAUGUACUGUGAUGGUACCGGUGAAUUCAGACCCGUAACAUAUCAUGAACCGUUCAGUGAGUUUGCGAGAACGGCUCGUAGAUUAAAGAUUCAUAUGGAUUCAAAAACGUUCAAGUAG